AAACGAGAGCGAUUAGAGAAGAGAGAAAAGAGGGGCUUGAGGUCGAGCUUUCAUGGCGGGAAAACCCCAACCGGUCCGCGUUCUGUACUGCGCCGUCUGCAGCUUACCAGCAGAGUACUGCGAAUUCGGACCCGAUUUCGAGAAAUGCAAGCCCUGGUUGAUCCAAAACGCCCCGGAGCUUUACCCCGAUCUCGUCAAAGAUGCUACUGCGAAAGAAGCGGAUAGAGUAGCCGAUCAGUUGAACGCCACCGGUAUCUCUUACGGUAGUGGCGACGGAGCUACUGCUUCUGGUGGAACUUCAGCACCUAAAGAAGAGGUGAAGCGACUGCCGGGUGGGAAGGUUAAGAAAAAGGAGAAGCUGGAAGUUAUUAUUGAAAAGGUUACACGUAAUAAGCGGAAAUCUAUCACAACUGUCAAAGGGCUGGACCUUUUUGGUGUCAAGCUUAGUGAUGCUUCAAAGAAGUUGGGGAAGAAAUUUGCUACAGGAGCUUCUGUUGUUAAGGGGCCAACCGAGAAGGAUCAAAUUGAUGUUCAAGGGGAUAUAUUUUAUGAUAUUGUGGAAUUCAUUACCGCCACAUGGCCUGAUGUCCCAGCAUCUGCAAUUUUCUUUAUUGAAGAUGGCAGAAAGGUUCCAGCUGUUUAAAUGGUAUACACGGCACACAAAUAAGUUGGAGCAUGGUAUCUUCAUCCUGUUGCUGUGAGUCUGAACCAGAUUCAGUAUGCUCUCUAAGCAAAGAGCAACCUGACAUUCCUAGACUCUUUUGGCCAGUGAAUUUUUGCCCCUCUCAAGAGUGUUGUAUCGUGGUUGCAAGAACAGUAUAUUUUUUGAGUUUUUCAGGAUCUAUAAUUUGUGUUGUAGAUGGGCAAUUUUGCGUGCCACUUGCACUGUUUGUGUGCCACUUUACCCAGCAAUGACAUAAAUAUCACAUAGUUUAUCCUGUGGCUUCCUGUAAUCCUUUACUUUCUUUAGCAAAUGGAGAACCAGAAACAUAUGCAAAUUUUUGGCAUACAAAAUGAUUUCAUUUCAUUCGUCAAUCUUACUGCUAUUCCAAAUUACAC